UAGGCAUCAAUUUCCAGCAGAGUCUGCCUUAACAUACCUGUCUGCCCUUCUGCUGCACAGACAUGGCUUUUGGGGACCUCUUGGAGAUGGUUGGAGGUCUGGGGAAGUUCCAAGCCAUCCACGUUGUCCUGCUGACAUUUCCGGACUUGUUCAUGUCCUGCCACAAUCUGCUCCAGAACUUCGUGGCUGCUGUUCCCGACCACCGGUGCCGGGUGCAGCUGGGAGACGAGGGCUCGCGGUACCUCAAUGUGACGGAGGAGCCGCUGAGGGAGGAGUUUCUCCGGGUGUUCCUGCCCCUGGACGAGGAAGGGAGGCCGGACAAGUGCCGCAUGUACACCUCCCCACAGUGGCAUCUCCUGGGCACCAACGAGACGCAGGGCAACGGGAGCCAACCUGACACACAGGCGUGCACUGAUGGGUGGGUGUACGACCGGUCCCAGUUCACGUCGACGAUCGUGACAGAGUGGGACCUCGUGUGUGAUCGGAAGUCUCUGAAGCGGAUGGUGCAGUCGAUCUACAUGGCCGGACUACUGAUCGGAGCCUGUGUCCUGGGCAGACUGUCCGACAAGUUUGGCCGUCGAACCCUACUGCAAUGGUCGUACUUGCUGCUUGCAGUGUCGGGGACGUGUGCAGCGUUCUCCUCCUCCUUCCCGCUCUUCUGCUUCUGGAGAUUUCUGUCGGGGGUCGGCUUGUCGGGUGUCAUCAUCAACAGCAUAUCUCUCAAUAUUGAAUGGAUUCCAACCAGAUUUCGAACUCCUAUUUCGAUGAGUGGUUCCUUCUGUUACACGCUUGGUCAGAUCUUACUGGCCGGGAUCGCCUACGGUCUAAAGGAUUGGUAUUGGCUCCAGCUCUCGGUCUCUACCCCAUUCUUUGUCUUCUUCCUUUAUUCCUGGUGGCUCUCGGAGUCGGCCCGAUGGCUCAUCGUGAACGGCAAGGAACACGUUGCUCUGAAGCAGCUGAAGAGGGCGGCGAAGGUGAAUGGCCGGGAGGCAGAAGGGGAGAGGCUUACAGUCAAAAUUCUGAAGGCGAGUGUGGAGAAUGACCAGCUCACUGCCAAGAAGCAGAGUGUGUUGGAUCUGUUCCGGACACCAGUGAUGCGACGGAUCACCUGUUGUAUGAUGGUGGUUUGGUUUUCAACGAGCUUCGCCUAUUAUGGGCUGUCGAUCGACCUGCAAGGGUUCGGAGUCAACAUCUACCUCAUCCAGCUCAUCUUUGGAGCCGUUGAUUUUCCGGCAAAGACCACGGCCUUCCUGACGCUGAGCCUGAUCGGGAGAAGGUUCACACAGGUCACCACACUCACCCUGGCAGGGUCCACGAUACUGGUAAACAGCAUGAUUCCUAAAGACUUGCAGAAUGUCCGGACUUCACUCGCUGCCUUGGGAAAGGGAUGUCUCUCCGCCAGCUUCACCUGCUGCUAUCUAUAUGUCACUGAACUUUACCCAACGGUGGUCCGAAUGGACAGCUAGACGGAGCGUCAGUGAACCUGCUCAGGUAUCUGUUGUACGGGAUGGCCCAAAGCACAGGGGAAGCACCCUUGCAUAAAGAGACUUUCACUCGGGACCUUCUCCGCUGCCAGCGGUAACACGCACAGUCAAGGCGAGUCCGGUCGGCAGACAAAGGUGAGAAGGAGCAGUCUGCAGAAGAAGCGCUUCAGAGUGUCAUGGAAACACACGGUGGGCAACCCCGCGGAUCGGCUCAUGUUGUGUGGGACCCUCUCCCACGUGGUCUCCUGAGGCCUGGGUCCAAUGAGCACAUUGGCUGGUGGUGCAGACAGAAACCCUCCACUUCCCCGUGCCUUCCCUACAUCCACCGUGAUUGGUGGGUACCAGCCCCCCACCCCCCCAGCGCAGGAUCACACUGUCUGGAUGAGGCCAGACCCCAUACUCUCCACAGCUCCCAGGAGAAGUGGGGUAAAUCACUCAGGGUGGCAUGGCUGAUGCUGUCCACUGGGAUUCCCGUGACCCCCUGCAGGCAGUGUCCACAACUCCUGACACCUCUGCAGGGUCCUGAGGUGGGAAACAGCCUCCUGGGUAUCCACGGAGUACUGUCCGCCCGCUGCAGAGACCCAAUGCCUCCUGUUGCCCCAGAAGUCAUCCAGCAACCUCUUCUGGGUCCUGGACAUGAACGCUGUGGGUGGGACCAAUACAGACAGCCAGUAUCUCACCAUGGAGGCAACCAACUGAUUGUCAACUAAAAUCCACCGCCAACCCCCCCCCCCCCCCCCGGUUCGAGAU